AUUCUCGCUUCCUUCUUCCACACCCUGCCGUUGGGGGUUGGCGGGCAGAUUGGGACCACAAGUGUCUGGCAGUGUGGACUGGGGCCCUGUCACUGAGGCAGAGUCGUUUGCUUCUGGGCCCUGAGGCAGCUGCCCCAUGCUCUGUUGGGCACGGUACCAUGUCCCCAAGCUUCCUUGUGCUGCUGACCAUCUUGGGCCCUGGCAACAGCCUUCAGCUGCAGGACCCCUGGGGGCAUGAAACCAAGGAAGCCCCGGGUCCUGUGCAUCUCCGGGAACGGAGGCAGGUGGUUGGGGAUGACGAUUUUGAGGACCCUGACUAUACGUAUAACACAGACCCCCCAGAAUUGCUGAAAAAUGUCACCAACACCGUGGCUGCUCACCCUGAGCUGCCAACCACCGUGGUCAUGCUAGAGAGAGAUUCCACGAGCGCUGGAACCUCCGAGAGAGCCACUGAGAAGAUUGCCACCACUGACCCUACUGCCCCAGGUACAGGAGGGACAGCUGUUGGGAUGCUGAGCACAGACUCUGCCACACAGUGGAGUCUAACCUCAGUAGAGACCGUCCAACCAGCAUCCACAGAGGUAGAGACCUCGCAGCCAGCACCCAUGGAGGCAGAGACCUCGCAGCCAGCACCCAUGGAGGCAGAGACCUCGCAGCCAGCACCCAUGGAGGCAGAGACCUCGCAGCCAGCACCCAUGGAGGCAGACACCUCGCAGCCAGCACCCAUGGAGGCAGACACCUCAAAGCCAGCACCCACGGAGGCAGAGACCUCAAAGCCAGCACCCACGGAGGCAGAGACCUCUCAGCCAGCACCCAACGAGGCAGAGACCUCAAAACCAGCACCCACGGAGGCAGAGACCUCAAAACCAGCACCCACGGAGGCAGAGACCACCCAGCUUCCCAGGAUUCAGGCUGUAAAAACUCUGUUUACAACGUCUGCAGCCACCGAAGUCCCUUCCACAGAACCUACCACCAUGGAGACGGCGUCCACAGAGUCUAACGAGUCUACCAUCUUCCUUGGGCCAUCCGUGACUCACUUACCUGACAGCGGCCUGAAGAAAGGGCUGAUUGUGACCCCUGGGAAUUCACCUGCCCCAACCCUGCCAGGGAGUUCAGAUCUCAUCCCGGUGAAGCAAUGUCUGCUGAUUAUCCUCAUCUUGGCUUCUCUGGCCACCAUCUUCCUCGUGUGCACAGUGGUGCUGGCGGUCCGUCUGUCCCGUAAGACCCACAUGUACCCAGUGCGGAACUACUCCCCCACGGAGAUGAUCUGCAUCUCGUCCCUGCUACCUGAGGGGGGAGACGGGGCCCCUGUCACAGCCAAUGGGGGCCUGCCCAAGGUCCAGGACCUGAAGACAGAGCCCAGUGGGGACCGGGAUGGGGACGACCUCACCCUGCACAGCUUCCUCCCUUAGACUCCCCUGCCUGCCCACCUAAGCGAGACCUUUGCUAGCUCCACUCUCACCCGCUGGUCACAGAGGUCAUAGAUCUGGGCUUCCUGGGUGAAAUGUAUUCACGGGAGUCUUUAGAGCGCCCACCGCUGUGUGUCUCCCUGCAGGUCACUGGAUACCUGUCCUUGCGUUCUCCAGAAAGACUCAGCUCCCUUAUUCCACUCCCAAAAGCUACUCUGUUGGUUGCCAUGGUAACCCGGUAAGAGAGGAGCUUUGUGGGAGGCCGCCAUGUCUGCUUCUCUGAUUCCAGUGGCAGGUAGCCUGGCUUUCCCAGGUCCCUGGCUUGGAGGGAUGGUCCUUCCUUUGGGCCCGUGUGAACCAACGAGUUUCCGUACAGUGACAGAAUGACCUCGCGCUGCGGCCUGGCCCAGCACAGGCAUCCAAUAAACAUAUUAUAAUAAACGAUAGCUGAGUCCUUCAUGUGCCUAGGCUGCCAUCUCCAGCCCUCCCGGAGGGCGCUUAGACCAUUGUCCACACCGCUCUUAGACAUCUAAUACAUGCUUGGGCAACUGCAAGGGGCACUGGAGGGUUUAAGCGACACGUGGUAGGUAGCAUAUGCCCAUCACCCAAGCAGUACAGGAGUUCAAGGUCAUCCUUGGCUCGUUAACUGCCUGGGCUACAUGAGACCCUGUCUCCGAGAAAACUAAAGCUGGGUCUGGCUGGCUGGCUCAGCCGGUGAAGGUGCUUGCUGCUACGCCUCAUGGCCUAAGCUCCAGGGGGGCCCUCAUGGUGGAAGGAGAAGGCUGACUCUCCAAAACUGUUCUCUGGCAUCCAUACUCACAGGUAAAUAUGAACACAACUACACAAGCUAGAGAACUUUAUUGAAUCUACCCUUUCCAAGGUGGGUCAAAGGAGGAAGGUCCCUUUGGUGUUGGCCAAUUUCUUUUUAAAGAUUUAUUUAUGUUUAUGAGUAUGCUGUCACUGUCUUCAGACACAGCAGAAGAGGGCAUCGGAUCCCAUUACAGACUUGAGCCACCCCGUGGGUACUGGGAAUUGAACUCAGGAACUCUGGAAGAGCAGUCAGUGCUCUUAACAGCUGAGCCAUCCCUUCAGCAGCCCUGUCAGAUUUUUUUUUUUAAUCACCAAAGAGAUUUUAUUCAAGUUUCUAACACAAAUGAGUUAUUUUGGUUUUGAAUUACAGAACUAAGUCCAAACU